AUGAUCAAGCUCACCCUCCUCACUGGUCUGCUGCUCGUGCUGACGGCUGAGAUAGGUUCUGCCUACCAGCUGAUAUGCUACUUCACCAACUGGGCCCAGUACCGGCCAGGCCUGGGGCGCUUCAAGCCUGAGGACAUUGACCCCUGCCUCUGUACUCACCUGAUCUACGCCUUUGCCGGGAUGCGCAACAACGAGAUCACCACCAUCGAAUGGAAUGACGUGACCCUCUACCAGGCUUUCAAUGGCCUGAAAAACAAAAACAGUCAGCUGAAAACUCUCCUGGCUAUUGGCGGCUGGAACUUUGGAACUGCUCCUUUCACUACCAUGGUUUCCACUCCUGAGAACCGCCAGACUUUCAUUAACUCGGUCAUCAAAUUCCUGCGCCAGUAUGAGUUUGACGGGCUGGACUUUGACUGGGAGUACCCUGGCUCACGUGGGAGCCCCCCGCAGGACAAGCAUCUCUUCACCGUCCUGGUGCAGGAAAUGCAUGAAGCUUUUGAGCAGGAGGCCAAGCAGGUCAACAAGCCCAGGCUGAUGAUUACUGCUGCAGUAGCUGGUGGCAUCUCCAACAUCCAAUCUGGCUAUGAGAUCCCCCAGCUGUCCCAGUACCUGGACUAUAUCCAUGUCAUGACCUAUGAUCUCCAUGGCUCCUGGGAGGGCUACACUGGAGAGAACAGCCCCCUCUACAAAUACCCAAGUGACACUGGCAGCAACGCAUACCUCAAUGUGGAUUACGUCAUGAACUACUGGAUGGAAAACGGGGCCCCAGCUGAGAAGCUCAUUGUUGGAUUCCCAACCUAUGGACACACCUACAUCCUGAGCAACCCCUCCAACCAUGGAAUUGGGGCUCCCACCACUGGCCCUGGCCCUGCUGGGCCCUACACCAGGCAGUCUGGGUUCUGGGCCUACUAUGAGAUCUGUACCUUCCUGAAGAAUGGAGCUACUGAAGUGUGGGAAGCCGCUCAGGAUGUCCCCUACGCUUACAAAGGCAACGAGUGGCUUGGCUAUGACAACACCAAGAGCUUCAAAAUCAAGGCUGACUGGCUGAUGAAGAACAACUUUGGAGGGGCCAUGGUCUGGGCCAUUGAUCUGGAUGACUUCACAGGCACAUUCUGCAACCAGGGCAAAUUCCCCCUGAUCACCACCCUGAAGGAUGCCCUGGGCCUGCAGAGUGCAAGUUGUACUGCUCCCUCUCAGCCCAUUGAGCCAAUAACCACUCCUCCCAGCAGCGGGAGCGGGAGCGGGAGUGGGAGCGGCGGCAGCGGGAGCGGCGGCUCCGGGGGCACUGGUUUCUGUGCUGACAAAGCCAAUGGCCUCUACCCUGUGGCGGACAACAGAAAUGCCUUCUGGCAGUGCCUGAACGGAAUCACGUACCUGCAGCACUGCCAGGCUGGGCUUGUCUUUGACACCAGCUGUGACUGCUGCAACUGGCCCUAAACCUGACCUGUCUCCUUUGCCAGGGUUCUGAGCGGUCUGCAUUCUUUGUUACACCUUGCUUCUACCUGGAGUUCUGCAAUAAAAUUCAUCAGUCAAAACA